AUCUAGGCCUAUCUAGAGGAUUCUAGGCCUACAAUAAGAGUUGACCUUAGGACGUGUGUUUUAACGUCAUGUUCGCUCAAGUACAGUCAAGUUCAGGCGGUCAGAGUAAUAAUGCUGGGCUUUAUGAGGAGGUUAAAUUGUACAGAACUGCUAGAGAGAGAGAAAAAUAUGACAACAUGGCAGAUCUGUAUGCAGUCAUCAAUACUCUACAGAGCCUGGAAAAAGCCUACAUUAGAGAUGCUGUCUUAGCUAAAGAGUAUACAGCCACCUGUUCAAAAUUACUUGUGCAGUACAAAGCAGCUUUCAAGCAAGUACAGAGUGAUUUCCCUACGGUUGAGGAUUUCAUGAAAAAGUACAGA